GACGAAGAGGAUGUCUGAUCAAAUAGCGAAAGGUGAAGAAUUCGAGAAGCAAGCAGAGAAGAAGCUUAAUGGCUGGAAAAUCUUUGGUUCCAAGCAUGAAGAUGCCGCCGAUUUAUAUGAAAAAGCUGCCAAUUUUUAUAAAAUCGGAAAAUCUUGGGAUCAAGCUGGGGCAGUAUACAUGAAAUUGGCUGAUUGCUAUUUGAAGUUGGAUAGCAAACAUGAAGCUGCUAAUGCUUUUGCUGAUGCAGGCCAUUGCUAUAAGAAAACAAACACUACAGAGUGCAUAUCUUGCCUAGAGCAAGCAUUAAAUCUAUUCAUGGAAAUUGGGAGACUCGGCAUGUCCGCAAAGUACUGCAAGGAAAUCGCUGAGUUAUAUGAACAAGAACAAAACUUGGAGCAAGCUAUGGUUUACUAUGAUAAAGCGUCUGAUCUCUUUCAAGGUGAAGAAGUGAGCAGUUCUGCAAAUCAGUGCAGGCUGAAAAUUGCACAAUUUGCUGCUGAACUACAACAGUAUCAGAAAGCAAUUGAGAUCUUUGAAGAGAUAGCAAGACACUCAAUCAACAAUAAUCUGCUUAAGUAUGGAGUUAAAGGGCAUCUACUCAAUGCUGGCAUUUGCCAACUCUGUAAAGGUGAUGUUGUUGCAAUUACAAACGCAUUGGACAAAUAUCAGGACCUGGACCCAACUUUUGCAGGAUCACGUGAAUACAGGUUGCUGGCGGAUUUGGCUGCUUCAAUUGAUGAAGAAGAUGUUGAAAAGUUUACUGAUGCAAUCAAGGAGUUUGAUAGCAUAACUAAGCUGGAUGCAUGGAAGACCACCCUUUUGUUAAGAGUGAAGGACAUGCUGAAGGCCAAGGAGAUGGAGGAGGAUGAUCUAACUUGAACUUGAAUCCCAUUGUUCCAAACACAUAUAUGUCCACAUGAUUUGUUAAUUCAUUGUUGCAUUUUCAUUGACUGGUAUGGGGCCUCAUCAUAGGCUUGUUAAUAUUGUGCUUAUGUUCCCUUGAAUUUGUGAUGUCAAUUUAAAGAUCCAUUAA